AUGAGUUCUCUAAAUUUGUUUCUAUUUUCGUUCAUCUUAGUUUUUUCACUCGAAAUAGCAGAAUCAAAAACACAUUGGGAAGACAUAGAGGCUCUUAAAGAACUCAAACAGAACAUAAACGUUAAUUCAGUGAAUCCAGGCUCAUGCGUGAGUACCUGGGACUUCACCUUCGACCCAUGCGAAAAUCUCUUCAGCGAAAAAUUCACCUGCGGGUUCAGAUGCGACGUCGUCGUUUCACAGCUGAGUCGAGUCACCGAACUUAGUCUCGACCAAGCUGGUUACUCCGGUUCACUCUCUUCCAUCGCUUGGAAGAAUCUUCCUUAUCUCGAAACUCUCGAUUUCUCAAACAACUACUUCACGGGUCUCAUUCCUGAUUCUUUCUCAAAAUUAACUCGUCUGAGUCGACUCAGUCUAUCAUCCAACUCGUUCACCGGAGAAAUACCAUCUUCCAUCGGAACAUCUCUUGUAAAUCUCCAAGAGUUAUAUCUCGACAACAACAAUCUCCAAGGAACUAUCCCUUCGAGUUUCAACAAUCUCAGAAGCUUAACAAGGCUCGAACUUCAACGCAAUAACCUCACCGGAAAAAUCACUGAUUUAGGCUCUUUGGUGAAUCUCUACCACAUGGAUCUCAGUGACAAUGGUUUCUCCGACAACCCAUCUUCAUUCCCGGUUUCUUUAGUUCAGAUUUCAAUACGGAACAACAAUAUAAGCGGCGGUUUAGCCUCUGAAACCUUCAAGAACAUGAUGUAUCUACAGGUAGUUGAUUUCACCUCCAACAAAAUCAAGGGCUAUGUUCCUUCUAUAUUCUUCCAGCUUCCAUCGUUACAACAGUUAACACUUUCAUUCAACGAAUUUACCUCCAUUGAAGCUCCAUACGGAACACAAUCACUGCAAAGCGAACUCAUAUCAGUUGAUUUGAGUAACAAUCAGCUUCAAGGCUUUUUACCCUCGUUUCUUGCGUUUUUACCCAGGCUUUCUUCUCUGUCUUUGGAGAAUAACCGGUUCACCGGUUUGAUACCGGUUCAGUUUGCUUUAAAGACGGUUUUUCCAGAAACCGGAAUGGCUCCGUUUGGAAGGCUUCUGUUAGGGGGAAAUUAUUUGUUGGGAGGGAUACCUCGUCCUUUGUUGGUUCUUAAACAAGAUUCUGCUAAUGUGAGUUUAGUUGAUAAUUGUUUGUUUAGGUGUCCUCAUGUUUUCUUUUUUUGUCAAGGUGGAACACAGAAAUCAUCCUCGGAAUGUAGGCGUGUGAUUAUUCCUUAG